GCAAGUCCCACACUUCUUUCAAUUUAUGGUCGGCGGGAGUUUAAAAAACAGACGAAAUGACUACAUGAAUUUCCAGUUGAGUGACAGGAAAUUUAAAACAAGACAUUUGAAAUAAUCAUUUUGAAAUUAUGAAGAACCAACAAGUUUUCGAUAUUCUGAAAGGAAAUUUCAGCAGGGGCGAAACCAAUGUUGAAAACUAUUUGCCGUUCCGCUUCGAAAGCGUGGAUGACAAGGAGACGCAACUAGUUGACGAUAAUGCGGAUUUGCAAGAAAGAAUAAUAUUACAAGAACCUCGAUACAAGAUAACUUGGCCGAGGAUUUGUGUAUAUGAAUACCUCAGUGACGCAGAAUUGAAACAGCUUAGUGAAAUUGAAGAAAAGAAAGCGCUCAGGAUAUUCGUUGAAAAACGCAUCCCGAAGACCUGUAAAGAACCAGCGAGAACUCUGUAUGCAGAACUGAUGUAUACUGUAAUAAAAUUUGCAAAGAGGAAUGAUUUCAACCUUAAACAAACUGGUGCUCUUUUAUCCCAGUUUUAUUUAACACACAAGAUUUUCAUAAGCUCUUUCAAUGUUGCAGCAGAAAAAUUGUAUUUAUAUUUCAAAGAAAUAAUGAUAUGCCACUCUGUUGCGAGCCCCCCUGAUAGUAUAAAAAUAUUCUCAAUGGAUGAAAGUGAGAAUAUAAUGAAAUUUUUUUGCAAGAUAUACCUUAGAAAUUUACCUCUAAUUAGGACCAUGUGCUUACCCAACUUUGGCUUUUACUUAGAUACUUUUUUGGAGCCUGAAGCUCCUCUACCAAAAAGAUCAACAGGAGAAAAAGUGGUGAAGGAUAAAAAGAAAAAUAAGAAAAAGUGAUCUCUAAUUUAUUUUUAUCAAUUAUCAUCUAAUUGUUUUUUUCUGUCCUCAAGUAGAGCCAAUAAACUGGUCUGAUGUGAA